AUGCGGAUUUUUCAGAUUGUGUCAUUCGGUGGUAACAUAGAAGAACUCCUACUUCACCUCAUUUACAUAUGUGUUAUUUUCUUAUACAUUUUCUUAGCCAGCUAUAUCUCACAAGAGAUCAUGGAUCAUAAUAAGGACGUAUUCGUAACUGCGUACAACAUCCGUUGGUACUUAGCACCUUUACACGUGCAGAGAAUGAUAUUAUUUCUCUUGCAAAGAGGCAGCAAAGCAUUUAAUCUCAACGUCGGUGGAGUAAUGAUAGGAUCUUUCGAAAAUUUCGCUUCGGUGAAACACCUGUUGGAGCAAUUUCAGCAAAUCUGUAAUGAACUAAAAGACGAGAAUGAGAUCGCUAUCAUACAAAAUUAUGGGAUCAAUGCAAAACGUCUUACAACCACACUUACACUACUUAACGCUGUAUUUUUUAUAAUUAUUCAAUCAAUGUGGCUGCGCUUCUUCAAUAUCUUUCCGUUCGAAAACGAGUCUGAAGAACAAAUGCUAUUUAUCAUGACUGAAUACUUCGUGGAUCAGGGAAAGUAUCUUCACUUAAUUCUUUUACACAUGAAUGCAGCGAUAUGUGUAUCGUUACUUGGGAUACUAGCGACCGGAUCGACGUUAUUAACAUGGCUCCAAUACGUCUGUGGAAUGUUUAAAAUUGCCAGUUAUCGUAUUGAACAAACGAUGGAGUUUAACGUACAACAUAAUAUUAAUCUGGAGAAUGUAAUUAUGAUUUAUAAGCACAUUAUUUGUGCCGUCGACAUUCAUCGCAAAGCUAUGAAGUCAGUACUCAUUCCAUAA